CCGGAAUAGAGUCUUGAGCACAAUCUUUGUCUUGUUCUGGAAGUAUUUUCGUUGUGUACUUACUCAUAUGGAUGAUAUGCUGUUCACUUAUAAGCUAAUGAUCUUCAUCUCUUUCCUCACCCUUCUUGGUUUUCUCCAUAUAUUAACGAGCCUUGAAAGUAUUUUUUAUUCGGUUGGUUGCGAAUAUAUAUUCUUUAUCUUGUCUUCCAUCAGCACACCGAUCAUUCUUCCUUAACGGACCUGUAUACAGUCUUUUUUCCUAUUGUUAGUUCGAACGCCAAGGAAACGACAUGACACGAUUGCAUUUCCAAUUAAACCGACAUAAUUUCUCAAAAUAU